AUGGACUCGGCGGACAGCAUCGAGAAUAUACUUAUGAUGGAGAUGGAACGCGAGGUUGAGCGGAACAAGGCGAGCCGGCCCGAUCCGUACGGGAACAGGUCUGCGUUGCCUCCACCCUUCGAAAUCACUCCCAUAGACGAUCGUCUCGCACAAAAAGAUGAGAAGGCUAUCAAGGCAGAAAUUGAACGCAGGCUGCGGGCGAAGCAGCAGGAACAAACAAAUCGAGAGAACUUGGCGUAUUCCUCUUUUCCGCUUAACAGCUCCCCUGCGCUGGAGACUGCAGCUAUACACGCAUCAAAACAAUCUGACAGUAAAACAGACUCCGAGGAGCGUGCACUGCGAGAGGCUGAAGAGCGUGCACUGCGAGAGGCUGAGGAGCGUGCACUGCGAGAGGCUGAAGAGCGUGCACUGCGAGAGGCUGAAGAGCGUGCACGGAAAGAGGCCGAGGAGCGUGCCCUGCGAGAGGCUGAGGAGCGUGCACGGAAAGAGGCUGAGGAGCGUGCACGGAAAGAGGCUGAAGAGCGU